AUGCCGCCGUUCCGGUUACCGCCAGGGUUCCGGUUCCACCCGACGGACGAGGAGCUGCUGGGGUACUACCUGCAGCGGAAGGUGGAGAACCGCCUCGUGGACGACGGGCUCAUCGUGGAGGUCGACAUUCUCAAGUGCGAGCCGUGGGACCUGCCCAGCCAGUCGUGCCUCGAAGCCGGCGAGUGGUACUUUUUCUGCGCUCGCGAUAAGAAAUACCCGCACGGGUCGCGCGCCAAUCGCGCCACGGCGAAGGGGUACUGGAAGUCGACCGGCAAGGACAAGCCCGUGCGCAGCUCGCGCACGUCGCGACAAAUCGGGAUCAAGAAGACGCUCGUGUUCUACCUUGGAAGGGCGCCACGUGGCGAGCGGACGGACUGGGUGAUGCACGAGUACCGGCUGGAGCCCGAGGCGCGGUCGCGCAGCGGCCCCGCGGCAGACUACGUGCUGUGCCGCGUUUUCAACAAGAGCGCCGGCGCCGCGGAUACCGCGUUGCCCAUGGAUCAAGACGACGGGCAGCCCACUUCGAGCGAGCCGCCGUGGAAGACGGGAGGAGGCGGAGGAGGAGGUAAUACUCUGGGUGGUGUGUCGCCGACGGGUGUGGGUGGUGCGGGUGGUGCGGGACAGCCCGUAAAGUUUGGGGAGAGCGGAGCUGCGGGAGGCGCGGAGGAAGCGGGCGCGAGCGACGCGGAGUCGGAAGGCGCGCUGACUACCACCACCGACCUUCACCCGUUCUUCCAGGAACCUUCCACCCGCAGCGACGGCACGAACGGCUUCUCCGUCGUUCCCGAGUCGCUACACGCCCCUGCCGCCGCUUACCCGUCCGUGCCCGCUUUCCCCGCUGCAGACGCGUCAUUCGUCCCGCCAGGCACGUUCGGACCGCCGUUGCAGGAACCGGGGUUUCCGGAUUUCCCGUUCGAGCUGCCGCCGGUUACGGAGAUGGGGCACAUGGAGGGCGGCGCGGAGAAUCUGAUGGACAUUCUGGGAUUGGAGGAGGUCGAUCUCGUUUCCGUCGACCCUGCCGCCGCGCCGCUUGUGCCCGUUGCCGCGCCGGAUGUGUCGGCUACUGCGAGCGGGAUUGCGGGGAGCGGAUCGGCGCGGCAGGAGGCGGAGAGCGACGUGGAUGUGGACGGAUUGUGGGAGAACAUUCAUUGGCAAGCGGGCGCUGCGGCGGCGGGACACGUGGCGGAGCAUGGGGCGGACCACGUGGCAGAGGCGGAGGAGUGGAAUAUACCGAUGGAGGGCGGCGAGGAGUGGUUGGGCGAGCAGCUGCCGGCGUUGAAUCUCCCCGAAGGCAUCUCCAUCGACGACUUCCUCGAAGACGCGCUCGUCGCCGACGACCUCUACGAAAACCACGCCGCUCUUCCCGCCGCUCCUGCUGUUCUCGCUGCGCCGGGUGCGCGUGCGAUGGCUGCACCCGGUGGUUUCGCACCUGCUGCCCUUGCUGGCGCAGUUUUCGGCGCCGCGGCGGCCGCGCCCCUGCGAUCAGCGCGCGCCGCAGGCACAGCCACCAUUGCAGCCGCCGCCGCAGCGCUGGCGAAGGCCAAAGCGGCACAGGGCGCAGCCGCAGCAGCAGGGGGAGGCUUCCCACCUCUCGCUGCCGCUUCCAAUUCCGGCCUCGCUCGCUUCGCCGCCGCUCCCGUGGGUGCCACCGCCACGAGAGCGCUCGUGCGUCCGAGGUCGCGGCCUGUGCGCGCUGCUGGCGCCGUCAUGCCGGCCGCCGGCGCGUCGGUGGCAGGGCGACGCGUGCGCAUGCAAGUGUUCAACCCGCCGCAGCUGGCGGGUGGCGGCGGCGGAGCGCGGCUGGCGAGCAGCGGCAGUCGCAGUGGCGUGCCGUCGUUGAAUCUGGACGCGCGCCCAACUCCUCACGUGCACGCGCAAGCGCGUCUUGCCCAGGCCGGUGGAAGUUUGAAUGAUGAGGACUGUCUGAUGGGGUCGCAAGAGUGGGCUAGGGGGAUGGAUCAGCAUGAGGGCAUGGUAGCAGCAACACCCGUAGCAGCAACACCCAUAGCAGCGUUUGACGGGCGGGGUCUGGAUUCACGUAUGGAACUCAGCGCCGUUGCAGACGUCACAAUGCAUUUCGGCGUGGAAGACGUGGAAGGACACGGGGCGCGGAUGACACACCACCCUGCUCACGCCCACACGCAUGCUGGUGCGGGUGAUUAUGCUCCUGCUGCCGGCGCCGCUGCUGGCGCCGCUGGUGCUGCUGCAGACGGUGCGUUUGGUGGUGCUGCUGGGCCGGCAGGUGCGCUGUGGGUGGUGGGGCAAGAGGAGGAAGGAGUACGGAUAUUGCCCGUGCCACAGGGCGGCGCGGCAGAGGACGGUGUGGUCGAGGGUGGUGCUGUAGGGCUAGAGCCGGUUCGACUGCAUGCACAUGUGAUUGAAGCGCUUGCGUUACAGCCACACCCGUUACAGGAGCGGGGAGGGCACGCGGAGAUGGAAGGGGAGGCGGAGUGGGCGGGACUGAAUGAUCUAGUGCUGGUUGGUGACGCCGCUACCCUCGCUGCUGCCCCUGCCGCCCCUCCUCCCCCUGCCGCCCUUGCAGCCCCUGCUGCCCUUGCUGCCCCUGUCGCCCCUCCUCCCCCUGCCGCCGUUGCAGCCCCUGCUGCCCUUGCUGCCCCUGCCGCCCCUCCUCCCCCUGCCGCCGUUGCAGCCCCUGCUGCCCUUGCUGCCCCUGCCGCCCCUCCUCCCCCUGCCGCCGUUGCAGCCCCUGCUGCCCUUGCUGCCCCUGUCGCCUUUGCCGAUCCUGCAGGUGCAGCUGGUGUUCCUGUAGCGGAUGUUUCCCUAGCGGUCGAGCCUUUAGCUGGUCUUCCUCUAGCUCAUCAUUUGUUAGAGCCCCCUGUUCCUGGUGCUCCUGCCAGGGCUGCUGCCGCCCUGCCUCGCGCGGCACCAGCCCCACGUGUGGCCGCUGGGCCGCAUCUAGCCCCUCCGCCCGUCCCUGCUGCACAAAUGGCCGCUCCUGCUGCUGCGCCUGCAGCUCCUGCCUUACCUGCCGCAGCGGGGGGAGUGCUUCCGGCCCCUGCAGGAGCAGCGGAGGCGGGGGCAGGCGGAGCAGCAGCUGGUGCCGUGGUGCUUGGGGCGGCAGCAGGGCGUGCGGUGGUGGAAGACGGAGGUGCGGCGGCUCUUGACGUGCAUCAUGAUCCAAGAAUGCGGGAGCACGGAGGAAGGGAGGAGCGUGGAGGAGUAGAGGGGCAUGGAGGGGAGGGAGGCAUGGAGGGUGAGAUGAUGGAUGGUCAUGGUGAUGGCGAGAUGGUUGGCGGUGGCGACGGCGAGGGAGGUGCAGGGGUGGUUGUUGCAGGCGGCAGGGAGAUAUUACUCGCAAGACAGCAGCCUCUGCAGCAGGCGAGGCUGCAGGUAGGAGGAGGUGGCGACGUGGCUGGCCGCCACGAGGCUCAGUUCAACGUUCCACAGCAUGAGGAGAGGGGAGAUGCAGAUGUGAGGAGAGGCAGGGCAGGGCGGAGUAGGAGCAGUGAAACCCCGAUGGAGGCGGAGGGGCCAGCAGGCCCCACUGCAGCAACUCCAUCCCAGAUGAUGCCGACACUUAGUGUGCUGCCAGCCGGCAGCGCUGCAGCACAAGCGGUGUGCGCUGGUGGCCUUGAGCGCGCUUUUAAGACUUCAAAUAUUGCUCAAUCCGACGACGCUUCCGUAGCACAGGCGGAGAAACUUACAACAGCAGCAGCAGGCAUUUCAGCAGCUGCUGUUAAAUCGCUGGUCGUGGCAGCGUCUGCUGCAACAGCCAGUGCUGCUUCCUCAGACUGCGUAAGUGCAGUCGAUGCAGUGGAUUCAGUGGCACAGCUCGCAGUGCAUCCUUUGACGCCUGAGCUAGAGGAGGCAGCAAGGGAGGAGGAGAUUGGCGACCAGUGGUGUGUGUGUGCGCGCACCCGGCCCAUAGCAGACCUCAUCGCACAGUCCAAGAAGACACGUGGGCAGCGCCACCCGUGGCAGCAGUUCCUGCCCACUCGCCGCUCCAUCAACCUCGGAGCUGUUGCUCCCACAGCAGCAGAAGCAGCACCAGCAGCAACAGCAGCAGCAGCAGUGACAGUUGCAGCAACAGCAGCAGGGGCAGGGGCAGGUGUAGAGGCGGAGGCGGCACCAUCCAAAGCAGGAUCAGAUUCAGCAGCCUCCGUCCUCCAGCCCGUGAAGCCUCGUGGCCCAGCAGGGCCAGCGACGGUAAUUUCCAAGGGAGGGCGCGUGGGGGGAGGCAGGCCGAUGCACUCGCUGUCGCGUGCCGGGGCAGGAGGGGGAGGGUCAAGGCCGGCUGGGGGCCUGCGGCCCGCUCCCCGGUACCUGAGCGGCGUGCUGCAGCUUCUGUCCGCCCUCCCUGCUCGCCCUGCCCAUGCUGCUGAGCUGGCUGCAGGCAGAGGGGCGGCAGGUGGCUUGCAGGGUGAGGGAGCUUCAGGGGAAAAGGGCGGUGGGGUGGAGAAGCAGGUGGAGGUAGAGGAGUGGAGCGAGGAGGAAGAGGAAGAGGAGGUGUUUGAGUCGCGCUGGUGGGUGGACUCCGAAGGGAGGGUGGUGCACAAAGACAGGCUGCUGGGGGUUAGUGGCAGGGGAUGGAGAAGUGGGAGAGGAGCCUUAGAGAUGGAGGAGUGGGAGGUGGAGACAGAAGAGGUUGAGACAGAGGAGAUUGAAUCAGAGGAGGUUGAUGUAUUGUCGUCUGUGGUGACUGAUGAGGAGAGUGCUGACCCUGACUUGCAGGACACUGCCAGCAGUGGAGGGUCCGUGGGGUCUGGCGGAAGCAGGCAAGUGGCUAAGCAAGUGGGGAGUAUCGAGGGGAGGAGUAAUGGCAGGACGAGCAGCAGCAGGGUGGUGCGGCGGCACAGAGUGACGGUCGCCACGGGGUGGGUUGAGCGGCCGCACCAGGCAGACAGAACUCUAACUCUGCUUGCAAAAAAAAAAAACAUGGCCAGGGCCAAAGGUUAUGGUCCUGUGAAGGCAGAGUUGAGUGGCAGUGUGGGCAGCAAGGGGCAAUUGAGAGAGCUGGAGGAGCUGGGGGAGUUGUCGCCCUGGACGCUGCUUGCUCUGCUGCUGCGGCCGCUGGUGGUGGCCGUGAGGCGAUGGCUUCAUGAGCAGAGGCUGCUGCUGUGGGUGGCUGUGGCGUUGUGUUGUGUUGCUGUGGGUGUGCUCUUGGCACCUGCGUGGCGUGUUCUGCCUCGCUUCGUGGCCGUGUGA